ACUCAUUUGUUCAAUGUCCUAUUAUUUUGUCACGGUGACAGCCUAUGGUCAAGCCAUAGAUAAAAAAAAAAAAAGUUGGUGAAUUUGGCAGUUGCUAAGUAGUCAGUCGCCAGUGUAACUUCAUAUUAGCCGUGUUCAACUUGCUAACGUUAGCUUUGACGGAUAGCUACGCUAACGAUAACUGACGAGCUGCAACAUAACCGAAACGGGAAAAAGUCAUGGCACGCCUGGUAGCAGUUUGCAGGGAAGGGGAAGAGGACUACUCAUUUCUCGCCAGACAGAUUCCCCUUUAUAUCGAUGAUAGUCUCACGAUGGUGAUGGAGUUUUCUGACAGUGUUAUCGAUGUUGACAGCCAUGAAAUAAACACUUAUCAUUGGAAGCAAUUUUCUGAGUACCACUCCAAGUUGCAACAACAGGACUUGAAUAUUGCACUGAUGGUGACUUCCCGAGAGGUUUACAGUGCAUUAUCUCAGCUGGUGCCAUGUGUGGGCUGCAGACGAAGUGUGGAGCACCUCUUCUCACAUCUGGUGGAAUCAGGGAGCCCGGCCCUGGAGCCCCUCACAGUGAAACCCACAGGCAUGCUCUCUGUCACCAAGGCCUGUUUAGCAGAUGUAAAGAAGCUCUACACCCUGUUCUAUGUUCAUGGGUCAAAGUUGAACAACAUGAUCGAUGCCAUUCCAAAAAGUAAAAAGAACAAGCGGUGCCAGUUACACUCCUUAGACACACAUAAACCUAAACCUUUGGGAGGAAGCUGGAUAGAUGUAUGGGAGCAGAUGUCUCAGGAGUGCAGGGAUGAGGUGGUUGUCAUCGAUAGUGCCUGUCUCCUAGAGACUCUGGAGACCUACCUGCGUAAACACAGGUUUUGCACUGACUGUAAGAACAAGGUUCUGAGGGCAUACAACAUCCUGGUAGGGGACUUGGACUGCAGUAAAGAGAAAGGUUACUGUGCUGCCUUGUAUGAGGGACUAUGCUGUUGCCCCCACGAAAGACACAUCCAUGUAUGCUGUGAAACAGACUUCAUCGCUCACCUACUUGGCCGGGCAGAACCGGAGUUUGCAGGAGGCUAUGAACGCAGAGAGAGACAUGCCAAGACCAUUGACAUUGCGCAAGAGGAAGUCUUGACCUGUCUGGGUAUUCACCUCUAUGAGCGGCUGCACAGGAUCUGGCAGAAACUACGAGCAGAGGAGCAGACCUGGCAGAUAUUGUUCCAUUUGGGAAUUGAUGCGCUACGUAAAAGUUUUGAGAUGGCAGUGGAGAAGAUGCAGGGGAUCAGCCGGCUGGAGCAGUUUGUCGAGGAGCUGUCUGAGGAGGAGAGGGCCAAAGAGCUGAAGCAGGAGAGAAAGAGGCAAAAGCGAAAAAAUCGACGCAAAAACAAGUGUGGCUUUGAUGCAACUCAACAGGAGACAGAGGACAAAAACAAAAAUCUGGAUGAGGGUUCCCUUGAGUCUGUGGAGGGCAUUUGCAAGGCCUGUGGCAGCCACAAUGAGGAGGGGGGGGAGGGAAUCGCCACCAAUGGAAGGACCUCCUGUAGCUGCCCAGGCAACACUAAACAAGACUUGGCCUCUCACAACAAUGGCAGCGACUGCGGCUACUCUUCAAGUAUGGAGGGCAGUGAGAUGGGAUCACAUGAAGGCUCUGACAUUGCCUGCUCUGAGGGAAUCUGCAACCAUGAUGAAGCAGGGGAUGACCCACAUGUUUUGACCCAUCACUGUGUUGAAGACGAGGAGGAUGGGAUAGACAGCUGUGUGAACUGUGGACAACACUCUGAGGAAACCAGUCAAUGCAAGAGUAAAAAGAAGAAAAGGAAGGGCAAGGGUUUAUGCACUGAUCAGGGACAAAAAGAUGAAGGUUGUAUGUCAGAUGGGAACACAACAGGCCACAGUCUGCCAUCAUCACACAUCUGCCGAACCAAAGAAAUCUUUUACUCCUUAUGUGGCGAUACGUUUGCCAGCAUUGCACUACGGUUACCAUGGAGAGUACAUCAAAAAAACCUCAACCUUCACAUGAGGCCUCCAGAGACAAACAUAAGUCUUGUGGAACUCCUGGAUAAUUCAGAGGUGGCUUCGGAUGAAGAGAAUUGUCUGACACAGGAUGAAAUCCAGGCAUUUUUAGAAAGAAACCAGUCUUUCUAUGACAACCGCCACCAGUACCGAGAGCUCCUGAAAGAGAAAUUCACCAACUACUGCCGUGCCGCUGAGCGGAGUAAGCCAGUCUGUGGAAAGUGGUUUGCCACCACGAGUGUCAGUUAAUUGCACUAAUGACAACUUCCCCAGGAGAAAAACACUCAUGACCACUGCUGCAACAUAUUUAGAAAAGAGAAAAAUAUGAAAUACAUUUGAUAACUUUUUCAGUUAUUUCUUCUUUAAAGUAAAUGUGAUCCUUGCAUUCUGUCGGUCAUCUCUCACUCUUUUGCACUUGUACACCAACACACUUUUCCAUUUCAUUUCUUGUCAACUUUCUCACCUGUAAUUGUUUUUGGUUUUCUGUGGGGUUGUUGGGUAAGAACACAAUGGAAUCAGUAAUCAAGCUUUGCAAGCUGUGGGAUACUUUUUAUGAGUCUUUUGUUUGUUUUUUUAUGGUUAAUUUUGGUUUCCAUUUUGUUUCUCUUCGGUGACACUUCAAUGUAGUGGUAAAGGUUGUACCAUUCAAUGUGUACAGAAAUUCUAAAUAGAAACAUUUUACAGGCAAUAGACAUCCAUUUGUAAUGAGGAUUUGGGUGUGAUGUUGAGUGCAAUGUGUGAAAUUUACAAAAUAAAGAAUAUUUAUUAAUAUGCA